AUGUGGGCUGGUAGGAUAUACAUCCUGCUUGUCUGUGCCUGGCUCUUUCUGCUGCCUGUUCACCUGCCAGUGACGGGCUUGCUUCAGUACUCGGCCACCGACCUGCUCCGGCUGCGCUACCACCUGCCUGGACCUGCGCCGGAGGUUCUCCACCUUCACCCGGACAUCGCCUUCCAGCCCCGCCGGAGAUACAUCCACCGAGGGUCCCGCCGGAAUUUCCACCAUGACAACUCAACAGCAAUAAAGUCCAUCUGGUCCAGCUCUCGUCGCCCUCCACGCUCCACCAGCCGGGCUGUCGACCACAGUGUGCUAGCCCGCCUAGCUCGGUCGGCUAACACUUCCAUCAGCUGUGACAGCACCUCACUCAACUUCGCUCUGCUCAACAUUCGCUCACUGACAAGCAAGGGACAUCUCAUUCAAGACCUCAUCACUGACCCUGAUGAACUCCCCAUAACUGACCACUUUCUCCUCUCAUUUACAGUGAAUCUCACUCUCUCCAUCUCCAAAAAACCCCGCCUCAUUUCAUUUCGGAAUAUAAAGAAUAUUAACCCUGCCACUCUCACCUCAAGUAUCCACUCCUCCUUCCUCCCUGAUUUCCACAAUCUAUCCACCCCUGACGAUCUGGUUUCUCAUUACAACACUGGUCUUAAUAGCAUUCUCAAUUCCCUUGCUCCGUUAAAAACCAGACCUGUUUCUUUCUCUGUCUCCGCCCCUUGGUUCACCCCCGAUCUCCGUCUCAUGAAAGCCAAAGGUCGGCAACUGGAACGACUCCACAGGAAAACUGGUCUCACUAUUCACAAGGAAAUGUACAAUAACCACAUACUACGUUAUAAGGACUCCAUCGCCAGCACCAAAACCCACUACUACUCCAGUAUAAUCACUGCCAACAAAGGAAACUCCAAGUCACUCUUCUCCCUACUCAACAAUAUCACCCAACCCCAGGACUCUCUCCCUCCUCACUUCUACACAACCUCCUUCUGCAACUCCAUUAUGUCAUUUUUCACUGAAAAAAUCAAGAACAUCCACAAGCAGCUUGGAUCAAUCCCUCACCUCAGCAUCUCAGCCGACUCUCACCCGUCCCCACGCCCAUUCUCCUCCUUUCAUCUACCCACUCUCUCAGAAAUCACAGAACUCAUCCAGAAAUCCAAGCCGUCCACCUGCCAACUGGACCCCCUCCCCACACAACUUGUUAAAGCCUGCUCCCCCUCCCUGGUCCCCCUCAUCUCUGCCAUCAUCCACUCCUCUCUCACCACUGGAACUGUCCCUACAUCCUUCAAAAUUGCUGCCAUUACUCCAAUUCUGAAAAAACCCGGUGCCGACCCCUCCAACCUCAACAACUUCCGUCCUAUAUCUAAUCUACCUUUCACCUCCAAAAUCCUUGAAAAAACAGUUGCCUCCCAACUCCAUUCUCAUCUAUCCCACAACAACCUGUAUGAACAGUUCCAGUCCGGUUUCCGUCCACUCCAUAGCACUGAAACAGCACUUAUCAAAAUCACCAAUGACCUCCUCAUGGCAGCUGAUUCUGGACUCCUCACCAUCCUCAUCCUCCUCGACCUGAGUGCAGCCUUCGAUACCAUCUGUCACACCACCCUCCUCAACAGGCUAUCUUCCAUCGGCAUCACCCACACUCCAUUACACUGGUUCACAUCUUACCUCUCUGGCCGCACUCAGUUCAUCCAGCUCAAGUCCCUUAAAUCCAUCCCCUCCUCCGUUACUUCUGGCGUGCCCCAGGGCUCUGUCCUGGGGCCCCUACUCUUCAUCAUCUACCUCCUUCCCCUCGGCAAUAUCUUCCGCAAAUUCAACAUUCAUUUCCACUGCUAUGCUGAUGACACCCAGCUCUACCUUACCACCAAACCCUCGUCCUCUCUCCCGCCCACCUCCCUUACCGACUGCAUCUCUGAAAUAAAAACCUGGCUCACCCAAAACUUCCUCAAACUAAACAGCAAUAAAACCGAGGUUCUCCUCAUUGGCACCAAAUCCACUUUAUCCAAAACCGACAGCCUUUCUCUCACAAUUGACAACUCCACUGUUUCACCCUCCCCCCAAGUCAAGAGCCUCGGUGUCAUCCUGGACAGCACACUAUCCUUUCAAUCCCACAUCAACAACAUUACCCGGUCUGCCUACUUUCAUCUACGGAACAUCAAUCGCCUCCGCCCCUCCCUCACCCCCCGCACUGCCGCCAUCCUUGUUCACAGCCUCAUCACUUCCCGCCUGGACUACUGCAACUCUCUCUUCUUCGGCCUCCCUCACAAAUCCCUCCAUAAACUUCAACUGGUCCAGAAUUCAGCUGCCCGCAUCAUAACUGGAACCCCCUCCAUCCACCACAUCACUCCUGUCCUUCAACAACUCCACUGGCUCCCGGUUCAGUUCCGCAUUCAAUUCAAAGUCCUCCUGUUUACAUUCAAGGCCAUCCACAACCUCGCCCCCCCAUAUCUGUCUGAUCUCCUCCACGUUCCCACUCCCUCCCGUGCCCUAAGAUCCUCUUCCUCCAUACACCUGUCUGUCCCCUCCGCCCGUCUCACCACCAUGGGGAGCAGAGCAUUCAGCCGCUCUGCUCCCCGUCUCUGGAAUUCAUUACCACCCCAACUCAGAAACAUUGACUCAUUCACCCAUUUCAAGUCACAACUCAAAACACAUCUGUUCAAAACUGCUUACCUCACCUGA